AUGGCAAUGGGAGGAGCAGAGUAUUUGAAGUGUAAGGACCCCAAGCAACCACUAAAUGUUCGAAUAAACGACCUACUAAGCCGGAUGACUCUGGCUGAGAAGAUUGGUCAGAUGUCACAAAUUGCAAUGGAAAAUGCAACAUCUGAAGUCAUUAAUAAAUAUUUCAUAGGUAGUGUAGUGAGUGGGGCUGGUAGUGUGCCUGCUCCUAAAGCUUCUCUAGAAGCUUGGGUAAAUAUGGUAAAUGAAAUGCAGAAGGCUGCUCUUUCUACCCGUCUGGGAAUUCCCAUGAUCUAUGGCAUUGAUGCUGUUCAUGGUCACCAUAAUGUCUAUAAAGCUACAAUUUUCCCACAUAAUAUUGGUCUUGGAGCUACCAAAGAACCAGCACUUGUGAAGAGAAUUGGUGCUGCAACUGCUCUUGAAGUGAGAGCAACAGGCAUUCCUUAUGUUUUUGCUCCAUGUCUUGCGGUUUGUAGAGAUCCAAGAUGGGGUCGCUGCUAUGAAAGCUUCAGUGAAGAUACAAAAAUUGUCCAAGAAAUGACAGAAAUCAUCCCUGGCCUACAAGGAGAAAUUCCGGCAAAUUCUCGCAAAGGAGUUCUCUUCGUUGCUGGACUUUGGAAUGGAGUGAAAAUGCAUGCUAACCAUUACCUAGUGACAGACUUUCUCAAAAACAAGCUCCAUUUCAGGGGUUUUGUAAUAUCAGAUUGGCAAGGUGUUGACAGCAUUACCAGUCCUCAACAUGCUAAUUACUCGUAUUCAAUACAAGCAGGAGUUCAUGCUGGCAUUGACAUGGUAAUGAUUCCCUAUGACUACGCAGAGUUCAUUGAUGAUCUCACAUACCAAGUCAAAAACAACAUCAUCCCCGUGAGCCAAAUAGAUGAUGCUGUAAGAAGGAUCCUUCGGGUCAAGUUCACCAUGGGUCUCUUUGAAAAGCCUUAUGCCGAUCUUAGCUUAGCUGAUGAGCUCAGGAAGAAGACAAACUACUACUAG